AUGAGGACUUCCACCUUAGCUGCCGUAUCUUUUGCGGUGCUAUCCGCGGCUGGCCCAGUAUUUCCUCGGGUUGGACACCGAGUUCUUCGCAGACAGGCAGAUAUCAACCCUUUCGAUGGCAAGAAACUCUUUGUCAACCCAACCUAUGCAGAGAAACUAGAGCAGACCGUUGAGUCCUUCGAAGAAGCGGGUGACAGUUCCAACACGGAGAAAACCCGAGCAAUCCAGGACAUUGGAACCUUUGUAUGGAUAUCUGACAUCGCUAGUCUUGCCCACAUCGAUACUGCCAUCGAGGAUGCUCGUGCUGCACAGGCCGAGACUGGAGAGACGCAGAUCGUUGGGCUUGUCCUCUACAACCUUCCUGAUAGAGAUUGCAGCGCAGGAGAGAGCGCGGGCGAGCUCAUUCUCUCGGAAAAUGGCCUGGAGCGGUACAAGACAGAGUACAUCCAGCCAUACGCGGAGAAAGUUUCUGCGGCAACGGAUCUCACCUUCGCCAUUGUUUUGGAGCCGGACUCACUGGGCAAUCUUGUCACCAACUUGAAUGUCGAGAAGUGCGCGAAUGCAGCUGAUGCCUAUAAGGAGGGUAUCGCUCAUGCGAUCUCCAGCUUGCAGUUCGAUAAUGUGCAUCUUUACAUCGAUGCUGCGCACGGCGGUUGGCUUGGUUGGGACGAUAACCUACAGCCAACUGCUGAGUUGUUUGGCGAGGUCGUCCGCCAAGCUGGAAACGGUACGCGCAUUCGAGGCUAUGCGAUCAACGUCUCCAACUACAAUCCGUUCAAGGCGGAGGUUCCGGAGCCUUAUACCGAGUAUUCCAACUCUGCCGAUGAGUCUAGUUAUGCUACCUCGCUAUCCCCGCACCUCGAGGCUGAGGGGCUUCCGACUCGAUUCAUUAUCGACCAAGGUCGCGUGGCUUUACCUGGUGCGAGAGAAGAGUGGGGUGAAUGGUGCAACGUGGCUCCGGCUGGGUACGGCAUUAAGCCCGGUACUGCUGUCGACAACCCUCUCGUCGACAGCAUUGUCUGGAUCAAGCCCGGCGGUGAAAGCGAUGGUCAGUGCGGCAUGGAGGGUGCGCCGAGGGCUGGUCAGUGGUUUGAGGAGUAUGCGCAGAUGCUGGUGGAGAACGCGGACGCAAGCAUCACUGUUUAA